UCCAAUCAAUUAAUUACAGACCAAAAAGACAAAGAAAAGAAAAAAAAGAGAUGAUGGCAUCCUCAUCUCGAAACGUCAAACCACAAGUGUUCAUCAAUUUCCGAGGAGCAGACCUGCGUAGAAACUUUGCCCCCUAUCUCCAUGACGUCUUGCACAGAAAUGGGAUCAAUGCUUUUAUAGACAAUGACUUGCAAGUAGGUGAGAAUCUUACGAAUCUUUUUGAAAAGAUUGAGGAGUCCACGGUGGCGGUGGCGAUCUUAUCGAGUAAGUACACGGAGUCAGAUUGGUGUUUGAAAGAGCUGGUGAAGAUAAAAGAGUGCGUAGAUCGACGCACUCUCUGGGUUAUUCCAGUAUUCUAUAAGUUAAAGACAUCCACUGUGAAGGAUCUUGAGGGAAGUUUUGGUUUUCAGCUAUGGGAGCUGUGGAGAAAAGAAAAUCAUUGUAAUCGAGACGACCGAAUCCUUAAAUGGGAUGCAGCUUUGCAGGACGUUAGCGGCAGGAAGGCGUUAAGAUUUUUAGAAGACAGUGUUGAAGCGACUUUCGUGGAUACAAUAGCAAUACAUAUUCAGAAUUUCCUAAGCAAAGAUAAACAGCUGAGAGAAGAAAACCUUAAACCCCAAGGAAAAGGAGGAGAAAACCUUAAGCAUGAGGAAGGCUCUAACAUGGCAUCAAGCAGUAUCAAGCCAGGAGAACAAUGCCUGAAGCAAUUGGAAGAAAAGCUGGAUGUUGACUGUAAUGACGACAAAACUCGUUUACUUGGAGUCGUUGGGAUGGCUUGAAAUGGCAAAACUAUCAUGCCCGAGUAAUAACUCGAGUUUUAAACCUUAUAAUUCCUAUUACAAGUGCACAACGAAUAAUUGUAGUAUUUAAAAGUAAAAUCCAUAGAAACUAAAGUUGCAAUAUACAUGUUUAAGAAUGUAGUUAAAGUCGAGAAUAG